GCUGAGUCAUGGCUUGCGGUGGGCCAUUACUGAAGUACAGACACCAUGAGAUAGACUAUAUGACAAGUGAGGCAUUACAGCAUGAAAUAGCCGCUCAUAGUAGCCUAUUUCCAGAAGGAGAGGAAGCAGACGUGUAGGAGUGGCAAUGAUUGCUGCGGCUUUUUUGGUCUUAUUGAGACCCUUAAGUAUCCAGUAUGUAUUAUUGCUAUUAUUGCUUUUGGUAGGAACUGUCGCCACGAUCCUGUUUCUCAGUUCCUGGCAUCGGAAGCUCCGUAAUGAGAAAAUUCCCAUAAAAUCUGUGCUCACAAGGCGUUCGAGGAGUCGUGCUGGUUUCCGGCCGCAUCAUUUUCGCUCUGAGGUAUGUCGUCACAGUCCACGUCAUGCGAGGAGAAGCGCACGCGCGCGUGUUUCUGAAGAGAAGCCGCUCAUUGAGAGCGAGCCGGACUCGAGCGCGGCCUUGAGGAAGCGCAGAGUGAAGAAGAGAGUCCAGCCCGAGUUUUAUCACUCCGUGCAGCUCACGCCAACACGCAAACCAAGCUCCGGGUCUGGGAACGCGUCCCUGCGCUGUUCUAUGUCUUCAUCGGCAGAUUUCUCCGAUGAGGAAGAGUACAGUGUGAAAUCUGGGUCGGUGUCGCCGGCACCGGGGGACACGUUACCGUGGAAUUUACCCAGACACGAGCGCUCGAAGCGGAAGAUCCAGGGAGGAUCCGUGCUGGAUCCUGCCGAGAGAGCGGUGCUCAGAAUCGCAGAUGAAAGAGACAGAGUCCAGAAAAAGACCUUUACAAAAUGGAUAAAUCAGCACCUCUUAAAGGUACGAAAGCAUGUGAACGACCUGUAUGAGGAUUUGCGAGAUGGACAUAACCUUAUCUCCCUUCUGGAGGUGUUGUCCGGUGAGACACUGCCGCGAGAGAAGGGCCGCAUGCGCUUCCACAGACUACAGAAUGUACAGAUCGCACUGGACUUCUUAAAACGACGGCAGGUGAAGCUGGUGAACAUCAGGAAUGAUGACAUAACGGACGGAAACCCAAAACUGACAUUGGGAUUAAUAUGGACCAUAAUUCUGCACUUUCAGAUCUCGGACAUCCACGUGACAGGAGAGUCCGAGGACAUGACAGCCAAGGAGAGACUUCUGCUGUGGUCCAAGCAGAUGACCGAAGGCUAUGUAGGCGUCCGCUGUGACAACUUCACUACCUCGUGGAGGGAUGGACGACUGUUCAAUGCUAUUAUUCAUAAGUACAGGCCCGACCUGGUUGAUAUGAGCAAAGUAUCGACACAAAGUAGCAGAUCCAACUUAGAACAAGCUUUUGGUGUGGCCGAGCAGCUUGGUGUGGCCCGACUGCUGGACCCAGAGGAUGUGGAUUUGUCAUCUCCGGAUGAGAAGUCUGUCAUUACUUAUGUAUCAACGUUAUACGACGUCUUCCCGAAAGUACCGGAGGGUAUGGAGGGCAUCAGUGCAAAUGAUGUGGACAUUAAAUGGGUUGAAUACCAGAACAUGGUGAAGUACCUCAGCCAGUGGAUCAAACACAAUGUGACUGUUAUGUCAGACAGAAAUUUCCCCAGCAAUCCUGUGGAACUUAAGGCACUUUAUACACAGUAUCUACAGUUUAAAGAGAAUGAAAUACCACCGAAAGAAAACGAAAAGGCCAAAAUCAAGCAUCUCUACAAAAUGCUAGAGGUGUGGAUAGAGUUCGGUCGCAUCCAGCUCCCUCAAGGAUACCAUCCUAAUGACGUGGAGAAGGAAUGGGGCAAGCUGAUCGUGGCAAUGCUGGAGAGAGAGAAGAGCCUGAGGCCUGAAGUGGACAGACUUGAAAUGCUACAGCAGAUUGCAAACAGAGUUCAGCGAGACUGCGUAGCCGGAGAGGACAAAUUAGCGUUAGCGCGGACGGCUCUGCAGUCGGAUGCCAAACGGUUGGAAUCAGGAAUCCAGUUUCAGAAUGAAGCAGAGACCGCUGGUUACCUUCUGGAGUGUGAGAACUUAUUGAGGCAGCAAGUGGUGGAUAUCCAGCUUUUACUGGAUGGGAAAUUCUACUUGGCUGAUCAGCUCGUUCAAAGGGUAUCUAAGCUCCGUGACGACCUGUUGGCUUUGAGGACAGAGUGUUCAACCGUCUACAGCAAAGGACGCACACUGACCUCAGAACAGACCAAGAUGAUGAUCUCUGGCAUCACGCAGAGUUUGAACUCAAACUUUUCCCCAAACUUCAGUGCCGGACUGUCUCCUGCGCUCACUCACGGAGGCCUGGUCACAUCGGGCGGCAGCCCUGCGAUGAGCCCAGCUAUGACACCCAGCAUGCAGCCUGCCGUGGUCCAGACUUACCUCAGCAGCAGAGGAGGAGGAGGAGGAGGAGGAGGAGGAGGAGGCACGGAGCCCGGGGUCCUUCAGCAGCUCAAACACAUGCAGAUCCGCAAGCCCAUGCUCAAAUCCUCAUUCCUGGAUCCCAACUUGACCGAGGAUGAGGUUCAUAUGAAGUUUGUGCAGGAUCUGCUUAUCUGGGUUGAGGAAAUGCAGGUUCAGCUUGAUCAAGCAGAAUGGGGAUCUGAUCUGCCGAGUGUUGAAUCAAAUUUAGGAAAUCAUAAAGAUUUUCACAAAGCCAUCGAAGAAUUCCAGAUGAGCAUUAAAGAAGCCAAAAUGAGUGAGAUUCAGAUGACCCAGCCACUGAAGCAGAGUUACUCUGAGAAGCUGAAUAAGUUAGAAAGCCAGUACAGGAGGCUGCUGAAAUGUUCCAGUGAGAGGCAGAAACACCUGGACAGCCUGUAUGAUUUUGUGUCCCGCGCCACUCAGGAGCUGAUCUGGCUCAAUGAGAAGGAGGAAGAGGAAGUGGCUUUCGACUGGAGUGAGAGGAACAGUAACAUUUCAAGGAAGAGGGAUUAUCAUGCAGAUCUCAUGAGAGAACUGGAUGACAAGGAGGAGGUGAUCAAGUCAGUACAGGAGAAGGCAGAGAGCCUCCUACUGGAGAACCAUCCUGCCAGAUUGACCAUCGAGGCAUACAGAGCAGCCAUGCAGACUCAGUGGAGCUGGAUACUGCAGCUCUGUCACUGUGUGGAGCAACAUCUGAAAGAGAACGCUGUCUACUUUGACUUUUUCAGCGAUGCCAAAGAGUCAUUGGAUUACCUUAAGAGCCUCCAAGAUGCCAUCCACAGAAAGUACAGCUGCGACCGAAGCAGCAGUUUACAUCGCCUCGAGGAUCUAAUUCAAGAGUCCAUGGAUGAGAAAGAACAGCUCCUGAAAUACAGCAGCACAGUGGGUGGAUUAGUGGGACGGGCAAAGUCCGUUGUUCAGCUCAAAGCCCGCAACCCAGAGAAUCCCAUCAGGACCUCCUUACCCGUCAAAUCCAUCUGUGACUACCGCCAGAUAGAGAUCACCAUUAGCAAAGAAGAUGAGUGUGUUCUAGUGAGCAAUUCUCACAGGGCAAAGUGGAAAGUGAUCAGUCCAUCUGGAAAUGAGGCCAUGGUGCCUUCAGUCUGCUUUAGUGUACCACCACCCAACAGGGAGGCCACUGAAAUGGCAAGCAGGAUCGAGCAGCUGUAUCAGAAUGCUCUGGCUCUGUGGCAUCACUCUCACAUUAACAUGAGCAGCCUCGUGUCCUGGCACUAUCUGAUGACUGACAUCCGCGCCAUCCGCAAAAGCAGUGUUGCCUCGAUCAAGACCCUAUUGCCAGGUGAUCACGAGCAGGUGCUGAGCAGCCUGCAGUCCCACUUUGAGGACUUCCUGAGGGACAGCGAUGAAUCGGAGGUUUUCACGGUGGCUGAUUGUGCCCAGCUGGAAAAGGAGGUUCUGGCGUGUAAGGAGUACUAUGAGGAACUCCUCAAAUCUGCAGAGAGAGAAGAACACGAGGAGUCCGUGUACAACCUCUUCAUAUCUGAGGUGCGUAACUUCCGCAUGCGGGUGGAGGGUCAUGAGGAACAGCUGAUUCGGAAAAUACGUACCCCGCUAGACAGAGACGACCUGCAGGAGUGUGUGCUGCGCAUCACCGAACAGGAGAAGAAGAAGGUAGAGCUAGAUAGGUUGAAGGAUGACCUAGAGUGCCUGAGAGAGAAGUGUGACGUUUUCCUCAGGCAAGCAGCUGCCUCUCCAUCCGUCCCUACACUUUCCUCUGAGCUCAACAUCCUCACGCAGAGCACAAACCAGGUCUACUCCAUGUGCUGCAUCUACCUGGAGAAGCUGAAGACAGUGAGUUUGGUGGUGAAGCACAGUCAGAGUGCCGAAGCUCUGGUCAAACUUUAUGAAGCUAAGUUGUGCGAGGAGGAUACAAUCAAUGCUAAUAUCAAAUCUAUCGAUGGCGUCAUGAGCACUCUUAAGCAAUGGAGGUCUGAAAUCGAUGAAAGACGUGAGGUAUUCCAUGACUUGGAGGACGAGCUGCAGAAGGCACGGGUGAUCAGUGAGCGAAUGUUCAAAACGCACAACGAGAGAGACUUUGAUUUGGAUUGGCACAAGGAGAAGGCCGACCAGCUCAAAGAACGAUGGCAAAACAUCCACUCUCAGAUUGAAAACAGGCUCCGAGACCUGGAAGGCAUCAGCAAGUCACUUAAGUACUACAAAGACACGUAUAACAGCCUGGAUGAAUGGAGCAAAGAAAUGGAAGCCAAGCAGCUCAAGGCCCAAGAGAAUCAGCCCGAGGACAGCAAGGCGUUGGCCGAGUUCCUUAACCAGCAGAAAGUUUUGGUCACAGAAAUUGAACAAAAACAAAGCAAAAUUGAGGAGUGCCAGAAGUAUUCAGAGCAGUAUGCAGUUGGAGUGAAAGACUAUGAACUGCAGUUGAUGACUUACAGAGCCAUGGUUGACUCUCAGCAUAAGUCUCCAGUGAAGAGAAGGAAGAUGCAGAGUUCCUCUGACGUCAUCCAGCAAGAGUUUAUGGACCUUCGAACACGUUACACAGCCCUGGUUACUCUGAUGACGCAGUAUGUGAAGUUUGCCGGUGAAACACUGAAGAGGGCGGAAGAGGAUGAGAGGAGGAAGUCAUUGGAAAAUGCAGAGUACUUGAGCUGGACUGAGAGCAUAGAGCUGCAGAAAUCUGCAAGUGAAGAGGAGAUCGCCAGGCUUAGGCGUCAGGUACUGGACCUCGAGGCUUCGCUGUCUAACAGGCAACAGCAGCUGGACAUCCUGGGGGCAGACCUUGAGAUGCAGAAAAAGUCAAUCGAGGACUUAACCUUACAUAAAUCAAAAGCUGAGUAUGAGGCUCAGAAAUACCGUGUUGAACUAGAAGGUGUGAUCAAAAGCAAGGGUUCCAUGGAGCAAGAGUUGAAUCGUGCUCGACAGCAGGUUCAGCAGUCAGAGGCCAAACAGGCCUCGCUGGAAGAGAGCCUCCGCAACCUUAUAAAAAGCAUAGAAGAGAGCACAUUAGCCCGUAAGAAGCUGGAAGAUCAUUUACGUCGCAAGGACAGUGAUGUACAGGGCCUGGAGGAGCAUAGUCGCACGUUAGAGCGAGAAAUUAGGGCUAAGGAAGACGCCGAGGCAGAGCUUCUAAGCCAAGUGAGAAUCAUGGAAAUGGAUCUGGCCCACCAGUCAGAAGUCAGGAUGAUGCCAAGUGAAUCCAGGUUGGGUUUCUCCAAAGAAGGUGCACAACUGGCAUCUUUUAAAACCAGUUCUUCAAUAAUCCAUUCUGAAUCUGAGGCAGAAGUCCUACAGCGCAAAAUGGAGGAGCUCAUUAUGGGCAAGAAGCGAGCUGAGACUGAAAUCAAGUCCUUGAAAUCCGAAUUGAACUCAAUUAUUGUCCACAAAACUGUGGCUGAGGAGAAAGCUCAACGUUUCAAAGAACUCUUGGAUGAAGCAAACAACAGGCUUUUGAAGCUACAAGUGGAAAUGGAUGCAGAUAGGUCCAACAUGAGACAGAAAUCAGAGGAGUUGAGACAAGAAACUUCUGAACUAAAGAAGUCUGUCUAUGUGUAUCAAGAACAAAUCAAGUCUUUCCAAAGAGACAAAUCUGCUCUGGAGCAAAGAGUGCUGUUCCAGAAGACAGAGGUCGAUGGUCUAAAAGACCAGCUCAAAGUCAAUCAAGGAAAACUUCUACAGUGGACCUCUUUGGAACAGGAGAGCACUCAUAAGUUGAGGUGCCUGGAAGACGAGUUGUCUUCCAAACAGUCUGAGGUAGAGCAGAUGACAUUCAAGGUGAAUGAACUUAACAGAAAGAAUCAAUUAUUGGAAAGUGAUACCCGUCAUCUUAAGGUAAGUAUUGAGUCAAUCCAGCAGGACAAAUCACAUGCUGACCAAAAGAUUAAAACCCUGAAAGGUGAGGCAGAGGUUUUGAAGGAGCAACUGCAGAGAGCCAAAGACGAAAUCAAUCUGAAGACCAGAACAGAGAAGGAAGCUCAACUCAAAAUCAAAAACCUUGAACUAGAGCUUCAGAAAUGUUCCUUGCAAGUGACCCAGCUUACCAAGAAAGUAGAAGAACUGAAGAAGAUUAACAUGGAGACUGAACGGUCCAUUAAAAAUGUGAAAGUUCAACUUGAUAGAGCAUCCAUUGAGAUUGACAGUAAGGAACAGCAAAUUAAUAUACUCAGAUCCCAGGCAGAAAGUGCAAAAUCUCAGGUAAAAAUUGUUGAAAAGGAACUUCUGAACAAAACACAGGUAUCUCAUGAGCUUCAAAUCAGACUUAAAGAUUACAACGAAGAAGCCAAAAAGACAGCCGAGCUGCAGCAGAAGAUCAAGUCUCUAACGUUGACCAUCACCAACUAUGAAAAAGAUAUUUCAAAUCUCAAAGCAGAGCUGAGUUCUAUAACCACUGAGAGGAAUCUGGCUAAUCAGAAGGUUCAGGAACAUAAAGUCGAGAUAAAUAACCUGAACAUGGCUUUAAAAAAAGCCAUAGGAGAAUCUCAAAGGGAGUCGUCUGAAGGUAAAAAGAGCUUGUCAAAAGUUCGAGAACUUGAAAAUGAGCUUUUGAAAUGUAAGCAGACAAUUAGUAGGAUCAGUGGAAGUUCAGAGAAGGCCACAGUAAGCCUGAAACAGGACAUUUCAUCCCUUCAGAGGGAUAAGCAAACUGCUGACCAGAAGUUACAGGUUUUAAAAUGUGAAUUUGAUGAUAUUAGUUCCACUCUAAAAAGAACAAAAGAUGAGCUACAGCGAGUGACUGACGAAAACAGGUUAAGUCAGUCCAAACUCAAAGAACUGGAGGCAGAACUCCAAAGGAAAAGUUCUGUUAUGCGAGAAUUGAGCUCAAGCGCAGAUAAAUCUGUACUGAAUUUAAAACAAGAACUAGUCACUUUUCAGAAGGAUAGGAAUGCUGCAGAAGACAGAAUCACAAGUUUAACUCUGCAGACGUCAGAGCUGAAGCAGAAGUUGAGACAAACCCAGGAAGAGCUUAAACAGAAGCAAAAUCAAACAGCAGCUGCUGAGUUGAGAUCACAGAAGCUUGCUGAACAAUUGGACAACUGUAAAAAGAUGCUUAACGAUCUCAAAGGCAAACUCGACUUACAAAAGAAAGGCUAUGAGACUCAACUGCAGCUAGUGCAGGCUGAAAUGGUGCAAAAGCUUUCGCUGCAGGAAUCACGCUUAAAGUUGGAGCAUGAGAGGAAAUUAAAGGAGCACUCACAUACUGUGGAAAGUGCUGAGAGAGACAACAAGCACCUGUCUCAAGAAGUGGAGAAGCUGAAAACAUUAACUUCUAAUGCAACAAAAGCAAAGCAAGAGGCUGAAGAACACCUCUGCAACGUACGCAUGCAGUUGGAUGAAUCUGACAGGCAGAGGGGAAUACUUGACCUUGAACUUCUCAAAGCAAAAUCAAAGAUUUCUGAGUUAGAAACGGAAAAAAUCAGAGUGAAAUCCAGUAUUUUUCAACUUGACAAUAUUCACAAAGACAGCUCAAACGACAUAUCAAGGUUUAAGCAAAUGUUGACAGAGACUGAGCAGAAAUUGGGCAUCUCAGAAAGGGAAGCAAGAUCUCUAAAGGAACAGAUUGUUUCGUACAUCAGUGAAAUUAAGUCUCUACAGGAGAAGAAUCUGAAGCUUGAGAUAGCAGUCAAUUCUGAGAAGAAGCAGCUAAAAGAAUUGGAGGCACUCGGACAUGCCAGUCAUCAGUGUGCUAAAGAUGAAGAGCUGGCAAAGCUAAAGACUGAACUUCAGCUGACUCAGAUAACUGUUGUGUCAUAUGAAGAAGCGAAAAGGAACAUGGAGGAGGAACUCAAGAAAAUGAAAAUGAGCUCUGAGAUAGCUACACUGGAAAAGGAAAAAGUGCUGGAGGAGCUACGAAAAGUAAAGCAAAGCAAACUGCAAGUGAUCAAUGAGAGAACGCUGGAAUAUGCUACCAAGGCAACAGAAAAUCCAGUUUCACUCCAGAAUUCAAAUGCUUUUGAACUACACAAAAACCAAGUGAUGGCUGGUAACAGUCAGAGUGAGAUGACUGACACUAUACUUGGGAAAAGCUCAGUGUCUGAUAAAGGCAGGUCUGGUAAAAGUCAGACUGUUUCAUUCGAUAUCAUUGAUUCUGAUUCCUCCAUCGAUCUUGCUUCUGGCUCGCCUGUAACAAGUAAAUCAAAAGUGCUAAAAAUGGAGUCUUCUUCCAAUAAAAUUCAAGGUCUCAGAGGACAGAUAAGUAUUAAAAAGUUGGUAAAAACUAAAAUAAUUACUCAGGAAAUUGCACUCAACUUGCAAACAGGCCUCAUCACUAUAGAGGAGAUAGAAGCAUCACUUGCUCAAUUCAUUGGUAAACCAUCCUCAAUUGCAGGUGUUUACAUGGAGUCAAGCAAGAAAAAGCUGUCCUUCCUAGAUGCUGCUGCAGGAGGAUUUAUAUCUAAAACCUAUGCCAUUGAGUUUCUGGAAGCACAAGCUGCCACAGGAUGCAUCAUUGAUCCUAUGACAGGUGAAGCUUACUCGCCGUCAGAUGCUUUUGAGAAAGAUAUCAUUACUGGGGAUCUCAAGGACAAAAUAACUGAAGCUUACAAAGCAGUCAGUGGUUAUACUCAUGCUGGGAAGAUUUUUUCAGUGUUUCAAGCUAUGGAGGAGAGAAUUCUAGACAGGCAUCGAGGUAAAGCAUUAAUAGAAACGCAGAUCGCUACUGGAGGGUUGAUUCACCCACUGAUUGGAAUUAGGGUACCCAUGGAUUGUGCGCUAGAGCAGGGGCUUGUAAAUCAAGCCACCCUUCAAAGUCUCUAUGAUCCAGUCAGCAACCCAAAAGAUUUUCACUUCGCAGAAACAGGGCAGAAGGCGUACUAUAGCGAACUGCUCAGAAUCUGUGUGUAUGAUGUCCAUGGUGGAGUAUAUCUUCUUCCUUUUGGUGACCAGCAUCUGUACACCCUCUCACCAUCCAGCAAACACAGGAUAUCGGUCAUCGACACUUCUAAUGGUGCGAAAAUGUCAGCCUACGAAGCAUAUAAGGCCGGCCACAUUGACAAGAGAACUUACCUAUUUCUCUCACAACAAGAGAGCGAAUGGCAAGAGAUAACAAUCAUGGACUCAAGUAGGAACCUUCUACACAUCCUAACAGACCCUAAGAGUGGGCGGCAGCUUUGCAUUGAAAAUGCUCUUAGUCUGAAAAUACUCCAAAUGGAAGAGCUCAACAGCUACCGGAGUGGUCAGCUCAGUAUUUCUGAGCUCGCUGAUCUUUUGAUUUCCAGAAGAGUUGUCUUUAAAGUUCCAAACAGUCCCGUUGCAGGACUCUGGGAUGUUUCUUUGAAGAAACGACUCCCGGUUUUCAAAGGACACCAGCAGAACCUUGUGGACCGACUCACCGCGCUGAGGUUGCUAGAAGCUCAGGCUUGCACUGGAGGCAUCUGUGAUCCAGCAUCUGGAGAAAGGGUUCUGGUUAAAGAAGCACAACAUCGAGGACUCUUGGAUGAAGGUUUUGCCAGACAGCUCCAGCAAUGUGAGCAAGCCUAUUAUGGUAUCAUUCACCCUCAGAAUGGAAAGACUUUGACUGUGGCCCAGGCGAUGCAAGAGAACCUUUUCCCGAAAGAUGUUGGAGUGAAGUGUCUUGAGUUUCAACUGGCGACUGGUGGGCUCAUUAACCCAGAGAGCCAAGAGAGAGUCUCUUUGGAGGAUGCGAUACAGAAUUGCUUGAUCGACAAAGCAACUGCUGCACAUCUUCAACAUGACAAUUCCCAUUCGAAAUGUAUCACCUGCCUCAAAACCAAGCGAAAAAUGUCUUUCAAGGAAGCUCUAGAAAAGAGUGUCUUUGACAGCCACACUGGGUUUGUCCUUCUUGAAGCAACAAAACCCCAUAGUACUGGCAAUACUUCAUCGUUCCAAUACUUCUGGACCUAUCGGCACUUCAGGUCUGUUGAGGAUGAGAAGAAAGAGCAUGGCGAUAAGAUUAACAAGUUGUUAAAUUGGAUGAAAACGAAUCCAAACAAAGAUGGAAAGGCUCAAAGUGAUAGCAAACCCAGCACUGAGGGCACUAGUAAGCCCCAGAUGUCAUUGGAGGAGAUGGUGACAAAGAAGGAACAAAUUGGAGAAGCAUUGAGAACUACCCAGCUGAUGCUAACCAAACACAGUGACAAAAUGACUGAAGAAGAAAAGCAAGAAGCAAAAGAACAGCUGAAAUCUCUUCAUCAGGCAUACAGCGAGCUCUCUCAACAGAGUGCAGAUGCAGCUUCCUCAGCUGAUCAGGCACUGCAGGUCAUCCAAGGGAUUCUGGAUGUUGAAAGUGGAGCUGUCAUGUCUGUGUGUUACUCUGUGAACAAUGGCUUCAUCGACCAAAACACAGGACUUGGUCUUCUAGAGGCACAGCUUAUAACCACUGGACUCAUUUGGCCUGAACAGCACUUGUAUAUGGACUUAGAGGAAGCAUUCAAGAACAAACUUGUGGAUGACGCAAUGCGCAAGCAACUGCAAGACUUGAAUGAAACUAAAAAAUGUCUUCAGGAUCUUCAGUUUGCUUUAGAACCCUUGCCGGUUAUGGCAGCACUGGAAAAUGGGGCUAUAUCUGAGCAAACAGCUAUGAAGGUCAUUGAAAUCCAGCUAGCGACUGGAGGGUUAAGACUGACAUACACUGGUGAUAUUCUACAUCUGGAAGGGGCUUUUCAACUUGGCCUGAUACCUCAGUCGCUCUUUAUCCAGAUAUUGGAGAGGAAGGACACAUGGAAGAACUUGAUUGACCCCAACACUGCAGAAAAAGUCACACUUAGUCAGCUUGUGCAGAGAAGCAUGGUGCACGAGCCGACAGGACUUCGCCUGCUUCCAGUGAAACGUGGAAAAGAUGGAACUAUAUCCCUGACAUCUGGAAGAGAGAUCAACAUUAUGAAAGCCAUGCACGAGGGCGUCAUUGAUAGAGAGACCAUGUUUCGGUUGCUGAGCACCCAGUUGUUUGCAGGAGGCAUAGUUGACACCAAAACUGGCCGAAAGCUGACUGUUGAGGAGGCCUUAUCUGAGGGUCUGAUCGAUCAGGACACUGCGAGUGAGAUACUGAGCCAUCAGGCCCAAAAUGGUGGCAUUGUUAAUCCUUGCAACGGGGCGAGACUUACAGUCGAUGAGGCUGUCCAGUGUGACUUAAUAAGCUCCAGCAGUGCGUUGUUAGUUCUGGAGAGACAGAAAGCCUUCAUGGGUCUCCUUUGGCCUAACGCUGGUGAAAUUCUCUUGUUCUCCACCUCUCUUCAGCAAAACAUAAUCACAGACAAACUGGCGUCUGAGCUGCUGCGUAACCGGCACAAAAUAACAGCCUUGUACAUACCUGAAACCUCUGAGGUAGUUGACAUUGAUUCUGCGGGGGAGAAUAACUUAAUUGAGACAUUUACAAAAGAGUUGUUGAAGAUGAUAGAAAUCCCAGAUGUGGUCCCUGAUAUAGAUGAACUGAAUAACAGGUUUUCAUCCUGGCUGGUAAUGCGAGAGCUUCAAAUCGAUGGAUCUUGUUCAUCCGGUGAAGAAAUCAGUGACGAAAACAGCUCAGAUGGACCAUCUCCCUCUGAGGCAAAACAGUUAUUUAUUUCCUACCUCAUAAUGAAUAGCUAUAUGGAUCCAAAGUCAGGCCAAAGGCUGUUGAUCUUUGAUUGGCAGUUAAAUAAAAUGGCUAAAUUACUCUUUGAAACAUCAGAAUCAGAUGUAGAUGAGAUUAGCGGACUUUUUAUGAAUGUUUCAGAAGAGCCUCCACUGAAUAACAGCAUUCCUGACAAUGCCAACGCUAGUCUGAAUGUCGAUUAUGGUGCUUUGGGAGAAUUGCAAAUAUGUGAAUCUUUGGAAAGCACAACAGAAGAAGAGCAUGAAGUGGUGAAUUCCAAUGCAUUACAGAAUUGCCUAAAACCUACUCUACCUUCUGAAUCGGUUGUAAAUACUGUAGAAACAGAUCACAAAUGUGAUAUUUUCCUAGGCAGUGUUGAACAUAUGACUGUAAUUGAAACUAACAAACUGCCUAAGGAUUCUACAAGUUCAUACACAGACAAGUGCCAAUCAGACAUAAGUGACGUAGCUUCCACUCAGCCGUCGAAUGCAAUGCAGUUACAACAAACAGCCUUUUCUAUAGCAGCAACUGCCUCAAGUCUGUGCUCGAUGGUAGCAAAUCCUGAAUGUCAUGAUGCCAGUAAAGACCAGGAAAAACAUUCAAAACACUCACCACUAUUGUCCAGUGACACAACCAGCUAUACAGAAGUGCCCUCUGAAUUUCCACAUACAGAUGUUGUGUGGGAUGACAAAUUUGAGAGAGAUUAUGCCAUCCAUCUUCUUAGGGCACAAGUGGAGGAAGGUGGGAUUUUGGAUGUCACCUCUGGAAAACGGUAUGACCUUGCAGCUGCUCUCGAUAAAGGCCUUAUUGAUGAAGAGACUGUCUUAGAAGUACUCGCACUGCAGCUUCAAGAGGAUGGUUUGAAAGAGAACGAAAAUGCUGCUUUGUCAGUUCUGAACAUUUCUGUCAGUAAAGGCUGCAUCUCAAGUACGGUAGCACUACAGAUAAUGGAAAAGCAGAACCUUCUUGGUGGUUUCUAUGAUGCAGCAGUUGGAAGAACCAUUAGCGUUUGUGAUGCUUUAGAGACGGGUCUGAUUACUGAUGAUCUCAGCAGAAGGGUUCUCUCUUCAGAGGCAAUCAGGAAGGCCAUCAUUGAUCCAGAGGGGAAGUGUGUGCUCAGUGUAUAUGAUGCCCAUCAGUCUGGGAUGUUGGAUGAUGAAGAAGCUGAGAGAAUGCUACAUUCACAGCAGAAUGAAAGGGAAGACAUCAUGGUGCCUGAUUUAGCAAAAAGAGGACAAAUAAGCUUGAGAUCAGAUGAAGCCACACAGGUAUCUACCGACAUAGCAUGUGUGAGCAGUAGUCAGGAUCUUCUGUUACCCACCAUUUGUGGCAUGCCGUCUAAAGCCAUUUCAGCAAAAGACGAUAUGUUUGAUAAAGUUUCUGAGACUAAUGAAAUAGGGGAGGAUUGUGAUGUACGAUGUGGUAAUUUCAAGACUAUGGAUUCUAAAAAUGAGAUAGACACAACAGAUGAAAGAAAAGGAAGUUUCACUUUGGAAGGAAAUGAGAUAAAAAGGCCAAAUAACAGCGUAGACCCUUUUGUUGUUGAUGUUUCUUGUGAAACUGUAAGCCCUUCACCAUGUAUCAGGCAGAUGGCAUAUCUUGAGACUACGGCGAGUCAGGUUGUUAGUCCUGUGCAGAGUGACUCUAGAAUAUCGUGUUCAUCACAAAGUGAUAUCUGCUCCGAAGAAAGGAAAUCAGAGAGUAUACUUAAUCCUGAACAGGAAUUCAACAGGUCCAAAGUGGAGUCUGAAACAACAAAUGCAUGUUUUGACAAAGGUCUCUCUGAGAGCUUGAGCACUUCGCUACCAAUGGUGGAAGAUGUUGGACAAGUUAGAAUACUUGCAGAUGCACAGUCAACCUCGUCUUUAUGUUGUGCAAGUGCCAAGUCACCAAUGGAGACUGCAACAGAGGUGGAUUUAAGUACUGAUGAUCAGUCCAAAUUAGCUCAUGAGAAAGUGCAUGCAUCAUAUGAAGUUGAAUAUGCCAAUAAUGUAAGUGAGGACCUAGAUCAUGAGCAUUCUGAUGAGGAUUCAGGUGCGUUUAGUUCAGAGAAUAGAGUACUAGAGAUGGUUAAGUAUGAGGACAUGUCAGAAAUGUUCAGAAAUGCACCAAAAACAAAACCUGAGCACAGAGUGGUCUGUACAGAAAGCAGUAUUGAUUGUAAGGUAGAAGAGAGUGAUGACAUUGAAGACUCUGUGGGUUUCAAAGGAUCCGAGGACACAUGUCAGCUCAGUUUGAUAGAUUUAGCUGGAUCAACAGUAAAUUCCAAGCAGUUGCCACUCGAAAUUGUUACUAAUUCUAGUCAAGUUGAUUCAAGUGGAGGUAAUCAUAACAUACAGCAUCCAAGUGAGCAAGGCAUAUUUUGUAAUCAUGUAGCCCCAAAGGCCACUACAAAAGAUGAGUUAGCCAGGUCAUCUGAAUCAGACUUUACAAGUCACAAUGAUAAACGAGUAAAAGAUGUGGUAGAAAUGCUAGAGUCAUCCUCGGGUCAAUCUUCAGAGGAUAUGUUCGCAGAAUCCAAUGAAUUGCAGUCUGCCCGCCAAAUUCCAAGUCCUUCCGUCAAAAUCAUGCUUGAUCAGAAUAGCGAACAAAGUGCAGACAUCUUCAACCAGUCUCAAGCUGGAGAUACAGUGGUUGCUGAAGAUGUACACCAGGAUGACCUUCAUUUACCUUACAUAGCGAUGGCCGAAGAUGAAAGUUUACCGAAAUCAAUGGGAAGCAGGGAUUUAAAGUAUUUUUUAAAUGCGUUAAUCCAAAUGAAGAAGGAUGGAGCAAGUAUGGAAAAGACUCAAAAACAAAAAUGCCAAGCCAUCGAUAGCAUUAUUGAAAUUAUUCAGCACCACUCUGGAAUCUCACCAACCAAUCAUCCCAACUCAAAUGAGAGAGGUGGGGAUCCAGAUAUCCUUUUGGAUUUGAAAAAACAUGAAGGACCAAGAGAAGCUCAGAACUGGCCAUCUAAUGAGAGUAAUGAUGAACUAAAGCAUCAGACUGAUCUGCUGGUGAUGAUUCAGAGGAUCUCCACAAGCAGAGAUCAAGAAAUGCUCAAGGAAGUGGAUGGAAGGCUAAGCAGUUUUUUGGAGCGUACUGCCCUGAGAGAUGAAAGCAUGGAAGCUAAAAGCAUUGCUGUUCCAACCACAUAUGCUGCUGCUACAGAUGAUGCCUUCCAGCCAACCGGCUUUAUCCACCAGGUCUCCAUGGCAGAGGAUCCAAACAUAAAGCAAACAGAUGGCGUCAAACCGAGAAGAUAUUCCACCCAGAAUUACUUGGAAUGUGUUGGGAGGCUUCAGGAUCAUUGCGAUACUCUUGAAGAUAUAAAAAGUGACUUGCAGACCAAGGGUCCAUUAGCAGAAGACAUUGAGGGGUUGCAUAGUCAGUUAGAGGAAGUUCAGUCUCUGGAAGCACAGAUUGCUGCUCUUCCUGACUUGCUUACAGCAGAUUUGAGCGUAGCAGAGCAACUUCUGAAUUCCGCUGAUGAGCUCAUUCCCAUGCAAAUCCACCAAGAUUUGGCUGCAGUCAAUGUAGAUUUACAGAAUGCUUUCACAGAUGUUUGCCACUUGUCAGCUGAGCGAAGUAAUGCUAUUCUACUAGCCGUUGACACAGUGAAGAUCCAUUUGGAAACCUCAUAUCAAGAUUUGCUAAGCUGUCUUGAUAAGGUCUCAGCUUGCAUACAAGACAAUUCUGAGAUGGUGUCUAAGCUUGAUUUCAUGGAUGCUGAUAACAUAGAAAGAACUAAGAACAAGGUUCAGCAAAAUAAGGACAUAGAGAAAGACUUAUCAGGAACCCGGCAGCUCCUGGAAGACGCAGCUUUUGAUAUCCAAAACUUCAUUUCUGGGCAUGCUCAGUUCCUGAGUCCGACUCGUAGCAGAUACCUUCUAAGGGCUCUCAGCGCUACCCAGAGAUCUUACAAAGAGCUCAUGGACAGAGCCUUCACUCAGAGACAAACUCUAGAGGUCCAACUGGAGAUCCGUGAGGAGGAGAAUCAGCAGAAGGCUGCUGUGGAGAAGCAGAGGGAGUUUUCAGAAAAGCUGCAGGAGCUGUUUGAUGAUCUGACACAGACAGAAAACCGCCUCAUUGGCCACCAGCAGCAGGCUGCUAGUGCAAAGACUGUGGGAGACCUCCAGCAAUACCAACAAGAGCAUCAGGCUCUACAGAAAGACCUGCAGGCUAAUGCCAGUGCUCUCAAUGAAGUCAUCAGUAGCACAAAGAAGUUUCUGGAAGAGAAUCGUAGCAAACUCACUCCAGAGCAAAUAUCGGCUCUUGAAAACAAACUGGAGGAAUUGAAGAGCAAAGUGAACACGCUUAACCAGAGAGCAGAAGAGUCAAGGAAAGAUCUAGAGAAAGUUUUGACCAGUGCUAUCAAGCAGGAGACUGAGACGGUAGUAGCUGUUGAACAACUUGAAGAGAGCAAAACUAAGAUCGAGGGUCUUCUAGACUGGAUCUCUAACGUUGGGAAAGAGAAAGAAAUGGGUGGAAUACAAAAGGACCAGAUGGUUAAACAGAAUGGAAACAUGCCUGAGAACACAUCAGUGAAGAGAAUAAUUGGAGAGGAAGAUGAUCCUAAUGGAAAUGCAUUAGAUACUACAGACAACACAAGUCUGCGUACUGGCGAAAAACAAGACGGUAAAAACCUGGACCUGGACCAGCAGUUUAACAGGGUUCAAGCCCACCACCAGGAGAUCUUGUCCCAACAGCAGAAUCUGAUCAUCGCCACACAAUCAGCACAAGCGUUACUCGACAAACAAGCUCAAGUCUUGUCACCCGCUGAAAAAGACAAGUUACAGAGGGACAUUAAAGAGCUGGAGGGUCGCUACAAGGCCUCUCUCACGCAGGCCGAGCAGCAGAUGAAGCAGGUCCAGACUGUCCAGGAGGAGCUUCAGAAGUUCAAGGGGGACUGUGAGGAGUUUGAGACGUGGCUACAGCAGGCCACAGGGGAGAUGGAGGAGCUCGGUGCGCCCGCUGCUGCUCUGGACACUCUGAGUAACAAUCUACAGAGACAGAAGAGUUUCUCUGAGGACGUCAUCUCUCAUAAAGGAGACCUGCGUUUCAUUACCAUCUCCGGUCAGAAGGUGCUGGACGCAGCAAAGGCCUGCGAUUGUAGUGAAUCUGGGGGAGCUGGUGGCCUGCCAGUGGUUGAAAUGUCCGGGACUUGUGCUGCAGUGAAAGAAAGGCUGGAUUCUGCCGCCAGUCGCUACAAAGCCUUGCAUAUGCAGUGUAAUCAGCUUGGAAAUAACCUGAAAGACGUGGUGGACAAGUACAAGAAGUAUGAAGAUGCCAGUGGUGCUCUGGUGAAGUGGCUGAAUGUCUCUGAGGAAGAGUCCAGAAGGCAGCAGUCAGAGCCCAUUGCUGGAGACCCACAAACCCUACAGAGACAGCUGGAGGAGACCAAGAAUCUUCAAGGGCAAACAACGUCCCAUCAGGCUGCGGUGGAUUCGCUGAGAAAAACAGCUGAUGCUUUGAUCAGCACAGAGGGAGACUUGCUGUCCCAUCCAGAGGAGAUUCAGGAGACAGUGGAUGACAUCAUAGAGAGAUACGACAACCUGUCGAAGUCAGUGAGUGACCGCAAUGAGAAGCUGCAGGUGACUCUGACGCGCUCUCUGAGUGUUCAGGACGGCCUGGAUGAGAUGAUGUCCUGGAUGGAGAAGGUGGAAGAGAGCGUGAAGGAGACGCCAAAAGUGCCGCUGGACUCCAGCUCUAUUGCAGAUGCUCUUAGCAAGGAGGCAGCUCUGGAGCAGGACAUGUCCAGCAGGCAGAGCAGCAUCUUGGCCAUGAAGGCAAAGGUGAAGAAGUUUGUGGAGAGCGCUGAGCCGGCCGCUGCCAUCCUCCUGCAGGCUAAGAUGGAGGGCUUGUCCCAGCGGUUUACUGACGCCUCUGAGCGGCACAAGCAGAAGGUGGCUCAGAUGGAGGAGCUCAGAGACAAGGUGGAGCAGUUUGAAAAGACAUCUGAGAAGGUGCAGCAGUUUGUACUGAAGAGCUCACAGGUGCUCUCCGAGACAGACGGGCCAGGAAAGAACGUCGCUGAGCUCUUCCAGCUUGUCCAGGACACAAAUGCAGAGUUAGCCGAGCACGCAAAGGACAUGGAAACGCUCCAGAAACUGACUGAGGAACUCGGCAAGCUGGGUCCAGAAGGAAGCACAGCUCUUCUUCAGAGCAAGAUGCAGAACAUCUCUGACAACUUUAAUGCUUUUAAAGAGACAAUUACUGAGAAAAAAGAGGAGGUUUCAUCCUGCCAGAAGCAGCUGCAGGAGUUCAAAGCUGCCACAGGGGUGUUAAUGAAAUGGCUGGAGGAGACAAAAGAGCAAGUGCCAGUGCUUCAGCCCAACUGCAGUGAACAGGGCCUGGGAACAGACCUGCAGAAAGUCAAUGGCUUAUUGGGCGAUUGGACCUCCAAAGCUCCUGCAGUCCAGGAUAUAAAUAGCAAAGGAUCUGCUCUAUGUAGCCUAAUCAGUGUUUUGACAUCACCGGCCAAAGCCAAGAUAUGUCACAACUCAGGAUCAGCUGUCAAUAACGGUUCUGGUCCAGGCAGCCAUUCCUAUCUGACAAACCAAGAGUUGAUGCUGGUACAGCAGAACAUGUCCUACAUUAACAACAAUUACGAACAUCUGGGGGAACUCCUGAAGGCCAGGUCCUCCGAGCUCGGCGCUUUGUUAAAGAGAGUUCUAGGUGUCCAUGAUCAGGCUGAGUCUUUACGUCAGUGGAUGGAAGACACAAAGAAAACGGCAACAUCAUUGAGCAACCAUCCUUCUGGGAAAGACACAGUAAAAUCACAGAUAGAGCAACAGAAGGUCUUUGAAGAUAAUAUGAAACAAAAGCAAGUGCAGCUUCAGCAGCUCAGGGAGAAUCUGCUCCGUUUAAUUGAGGAACACCCUGAUUCACCCGAGGCAGAACAGUGGAAGCACAUGCUGGCACAGAUAGACGCAGGAUGGGAGGAGGUCAGGGGCACAAUGGAGAUCCGGAAACAGCACCUGGAGGAGUCGUCCCGCAUGCUGGAGCUCUUCCAGACGACCCAGCCGCAGCUCUCGCAGUGGCUGCAGGAGAAGGAGUUGAUGAUGGGCGUCCUGGGGCCUCUGUCUGUGGAUCCAAACAUGCUUAACACACAAAAGCAGCAAGUCCAGAUUCUCCUCAAGGAGUUCGACAGCCGCAAACCUCAGUAUGAGAAGUUAACCGAGGCGGCCACAGCCAUCGCUAGUGCGUCAGAGCAGCAGGAUCCUGCCGUAGAGCAGGUUAAAGAACAGCUGGCAUCUGUUUCCCAGAAGUGGCAGGUCCUGACAGGUCAGCUGUCUCAGAGACAUGCUCUCAUUGAGCAGGCUGUCGGUAAGACCACUCAAUUCCAGGAGCUUUUGCAAAGCCUCAGUAAAAGUGCCACUUGCCUGGAGACUGAACUUAAUAACCAGCAGGCACUCAGCACCCAACCUGAUGAAGUCAAGAAGCAGAUUGAAGCCACUAAUACAAUCCUGGCUCAGCUACGAGAGGAGAAGAAGAGGCUGAAGGAGGCAGAAACUGUCUGCUCUGAGCUCUCUGCCAUGGUGACUGAAGAGUAUCUCAGAGCAGACUUGACAAAACAGCUUGAGGGCAUCACUAAACCAUUUAGACAACUUGAGGACAAAGCAGGAAAGUGGAUUGAGCAGCUCAACUCAGCCUUCGCCAGCUCCCAGCAGUUCCAUCAGACAUCGAAGGACUUCCAAGCCUGGCUGAAUCAGACUCUGCAGGAGCAGUGUAAGCCACAGCCCAUCUCUGCUAAUGCAGAGAAGUUAAAACAGAGUCUCAAGGAGAACAGUGCUUCUCAAAAGGCCAUUAGUGAGCAUGAAGAACCUUAUAACACCAUCAUUAAAGAGGGAGAAGCUCUCCUCCAGAGCACGGAGGGGGCAGAAAAGGUGGCCCUUCAGGGACAGCUCUCUGCUCUAAAGUCCAGCUGGGACGAUGUGAAGAAAGGUAAUGCUGAGCAAGCAGAAAAGCUUCAAGGGGCCUUGGAGAGGGCACUGAAGUACAAAGAACACUAUGAGAAACUGAGCUCAUGGUUGCAAGAGGUUGAAGACAGGGAGAAGUAUGUGAAGCUCAGCGUGAACUCGGUGGAGAUCGAGGGCUCCCUCUCGCAGUUGAAGGCCAUCCAGAAAGACGUUGAGAAGCAUAGAGGGCAAGUUGUGAUGAUGAACGCAGCUGCAGACAGCCUUCUGGAGGUAGUCACUUCAGAUGGUGAUUCGGUUAGGGAGGAGAAGGCAGCCAUUGGUAAAAAAGUGGAUAAGCUGACAGAAGAUUUAACGCUCAAAAAAGAAUCGUUAGAAAACAUCUCACAGAAGCUAAAAGAGUUCAACGACUUACAGAAGGAAGCCAAAGGGCAGCUGGAGACUGCCAGGAAACAGUUGGAUUCUCAUUCGGCUUUGGGUGUCCAGGCCUACAGCAACAAGAACCUGACCAACAUGAAGGCUCAGCAGAACAGCUUAGAGGGUGUCCACAACCAGAUUGAGCAUCUCAAAAAUGUUGCAAAAAGUCUUGUGGUAGAUGCCUCUGAGGUGGAAGGUGUGACAGACCUUCUUCUUCAGGCAGACAGCUUGGAAAAAGACCACAUGUCAAUUACCAGAAAGGUAGAGGAUGCUUGCUCCACCUUGGAGGACAAACUCCAGGGCAUUGGACAAUUCCAGGACAGUAUUCGUGAAAUGUUUGCAAACUUUACAGACCUGGACGAUGAGUUCGAUGGGAUGGCUCCUGUAGGCAGGGAUCUUGACACCUUAGGGGAUCAGCAAAGCACUAUCAAAGACUUUAUUGCUAGACUUCAGGAUCUGAUGACCAACACAGCCAAUGGCAGAGACAGUUGCAAGAAGAUGCUGGAGUCAGAGGCCUCCCUAGAUCUCCUGGGUCUGAAGAGAGACUUGGAAACCCUGGGCAAGCAGUGUGGAAAGCUGAUGGACCGAGCCACGGGUAGAAGAGAACAGGUUGAGGAGACCUUCAGUCAUCUGGAGGAGUUCUACGACAAGGCGCAGGAGUUUACCCACAGACUGAGCAGUGCCGAAAAACAAGAGGAGUCCCAAGGGUCUGUUGGAUUGGAAACAGAAGUCAUUAACCAACAACUGGAGUCCUUCAAGGUUUUCCAAAAGGACGUCAUUGAGUCGCUGCAGAGCCAAUUGCAGGAGUUGAACACACUGGGCCAGGCACUGAUCCAAAAUGCCGCCAAAGGCACCAGCACCAAAAAACUUGAUCACGAUCUAGAGGAGGUCAACACCAGAUGGAACACCCUCAACAAAAAAGUUGCGGAGCGAUCUGCACAGCUUCAUGAAGCCCUGCUGCACUGUGGCAGGUUCCAGGAUGCACUGGAGUCCCUUCUCAGCUGGCUCACGGACACAGAGGAGCUGGUGGCCAAUCAGAAGCCUCCAUCAGCAGAAUUCAAAGUGGUGAAAGCACAGAUACAAGAGCAGAAGCUCCUGCAGAGACUGCUGGAUGACCGGAGAGCUACGGUGGAGCUGAUUAAGACGGAGGGACGAAAGGUGACCGACUUAGCUGAUACUGUUGAUAAGGAGAAGAUUGCGAGAGAGAUUGAAUGCCUGGGGCAAAGGUGGGACGCCCUACUUAAGAAAGCUGAGAACAGACAAAAGCAGUUGGAGAAUAUUUUGGUGGUGGCACAGCAAUUCCAUGAGACCCUUGUGCCUUUGACGGAGUGGCUGACAGCUACCGAAAAAAGACUAGCCAACUCAGAGCCCAUCGGCACCCAGACGUCCAAGAUAGAGGAGCAAAUUUCUCAGCAUAAGGCUUUAGAGGAGGAGGUUUUGGGCCGUGGUAAGAUCUUGUACCAGACCAUGAGUCUGGGCCAGUCUCUACGUGCGGUCAGCUGUGCGGAUGACAAGGAGCUGGUGCAGGCAAAGCUUGACAACACGCACAGCAGCUACAUCGAGCUGCAGGAGCAUUGCCGCCAGAAGGCUGAGUUAUUGCGGCAGGCCCUGGCUAAUGCGCAGCUCUUUGGGGAGGACGAAGUGGCCCUAAUGACCUGGCUCGAUGAGGUGCACGGCAAACUGAGCGAAGUCUCGAUCCAAGACUACACGACGGCCGUGCUCUCAAAACAGCAUGCUGAGCAGCUGGCUCUUCAUGAAGACAUUGAGUUGAGGAAACAAAAUAUUGAACAGGCCGUCCUAAAUGGGUUAGAACUGCUGAAACAGACCACAGGCGAUGAGGUUGUCGUCAUCCAAGGUAAACUAGAUGGAAUAAAGACGAGGUAUUCAGAGAUCAACACAAUGAGCAACAAUGUUUCAAAGACUCUGGACAAAGCCCUGUCUCUUGCCACAAAGCUGCAAAACACCCAUGAAGAGCUGAACUCCUGGUUGGAGAAGGUAGAGUCUGAGCUGGCCACGUUUACAGCUCAAGAGCCAGUCGGAGAGCAGCUCACUCACUUACAAGAGAGGCAGAAAACACUGAUGAAGGAGGUUAAGGAUCAGAAGCCACUGGUUGACUCUCUUAAUGAAGUAAGCAGCGCUCUCCUGGAACUCGUUCCAUGGCGAGCAAGAGAAGGCUUGGACAGGAUGGUCACAGAUGACAACGAGCGCUACAGAACGGCUAGCGAUGCCAUUACACAGCAUGUAGACCAGACCGGAGCUGCCAUCUUAAAAUCCCAGCAGUUUGAGCAGGCUGCCACCACUGAGCUUGAGUGGCUGACGGAGGCAGAGAGGAAGUUGUCAUGCCUUGGGGACGUCAGGCUUGAGCCGGAGCAGACCACAGCUCAGUUACAGGCUCAGAAGAGCUUCUCCAUGGACAUUAUGAGACACAAAGAUGCUGUGGAUGCCAUUGUGAAGACCAGCGAGGUCAUUAUGAACAGCAAAGAUGAGGCAGAGAAGCAAGCGCUGAGGAUGAAGCUCCAGACACUGUCAGAGAAAUACAGUGUGGUUAGUCAGCUGAAUUCGGAGCGCUGUCUGCAGCUGGAGAGAGCUCAUUCGCUGGCCUCCCAGUUCUGGGAAACAUACGAUGAACUCUGGCCAUGGCUGCAGGAGACCAGGACUACCUUCACUCAGCUGUCCCAGCCGGCUAUUGAGUACGAAGCGCUUCGACAGCAACAAGAGGAGCUGAGGCAAAUGAGGGAGCUGAUAGCAGAGCACAAGCCACACAUCGACAAGAUGAAUAAAACUGGACCUCAGCUUGUGGAGUUGAGUCCCACUGAAGGGCUGCCAAUCAGAGAGAAAUACGAGACCGCAGAAAAACUGUACAGCCAGCUGAAAGUCGACGUCAAGCACAGAGCAGCUGCCCUGGAUGAGGCCAUCUCCAAAUCCACUCAGUUCCAUGAUAAGAUAGACCCCAUGCUGGAGUCUCUGGAGCGCAUCGCUGAACGCCUGCGCCAGCCUCCAUCCAUCUCUGUCGAGGUGGAGAAGAUCCGAGAGCAGAUAUCGGAGAACAAAGCGGUGAAUGUAGACCUGGAGAAACUUCAGCCGUCCUAUGAGACCCUCAUGCAGCGAGGAGAGGAGAUGAUCGCUCGCUCCGAAGGAGCAGACAAGGACCUUUCAGCCAAAGCUGUUCAAGAUAAGCUGGACCAGAUGGUGUUUCUAUGGAAUGACAUCCAAGCUCUUCUGGAGGAAAGAGAGGCCAAGCUCCUGGAUGUCAUGGACUUAGCUGAGAAGUUCUGGUGUGAUCACUGUGCUCUCAUCGUCACCAUCAAAGACACGCAUGAUCUGCUGAAAGAGCUGGAGGAGCCUGGAGUCGAUCCUUCAGUGGUCAAGCAGCAGCAAGAGUCUGUGGAGGGCUUUAGAGAAGAGAUCGACGGGCUGCAGGAAGAACUGAAUGUGGUCCAGAAUCUGGGGGCGGAGCUUAUGACAGCGUGCGGAGAACCUGAUAAACCAGUGAUCAAGAAAAGUAUAGAUGAGGUGAACUCAGCUUGGGAAAUCCUGAAUAAGGCAUGGAAAGAGAGAGUAGAGACUCUAGAGGAAGCCAUGCAAGCUGCAGUGCAGUUCCAGGACAGUCUCCAGAGCAUGUUUGACUCAGUGGAUAUUAUGGAAGGCAAACUGGAUUUGAUGUCGCCCGUGGGCACGGACCUGGAGACUGUGAAACAGCAGAUUGAGGAGCUGAAGGAGUUCAAAGGUGAUGCGUACCAGCUACAGAUCGAGAUGGAAAGGCUGAACCAUCAGACCGGGCUCCUGCUGAAGAAGGUGGUAGAGGAAGCCGACCGCAAUUCCAUCCUGGAGCCAAUGAAUGAGCUGAAAAUGCUCUGGGACAACCUGGAUAAAAAGAUCAUCAACAGACAGCACAAGCUGGAGGGAGCGCUGUUGGCUCUAGGGCAGUUCCAGCAUGCUUUAGAUGAACUUCUGGCUUGGCUCACUCAUACUGAAGAGCUGCUUAAUGAACAGAGGAAGGCCUGCGGCGACCCCAAAGCCAUCGAGAUCGAGCUCGCAAAGCACCACGUGUUGCAGAAUGAUGUGCUGGCCCAUAAGACCACGGUGGAGGCGGUGAACAAGGCCGGCAGUGACCUCAUUGAUUCCAGUGCUGGAGAGGAGGCGCGAGGUCUGCAGAACAAGCUGGAGAACCUCAACCAGCGCUGGAGGACUAUCCUGGAGAAGACGGAGCAGAGAAGACAGUUUCUGGACAGUGCCUUGCUGCAGGCUCAAGGUUUCCAUGGUGAGAUUGAAGACAUGCAGCGGUGGCUGAAAGACACAGAGCGUCAGCUGUUAGCAUCAAAGGCCCUCGGAGGCUUACCAGACACGGCCCGAGAGCAGCUUAACACCCAUCUGGAGCUCUGCAGUACACUGGAAGCCAAGGAGGAAAUAUAUAAGCAGCUUCUUGACCGAGGGCAGCAGAUUUUGGCCUUGACCCCUGAGGGUCAAGACAGCACCACUGAACUGGACCUUCGCAACCUGCAGGAGAAGUGGGAAUGUGUUCAGGCCAAAGUGACAGAGAGGAAGGUGAAACUGGAGGAGGCUCUGGCGAUGGCCACAGACUUCCAUAACUCACUACAGGAUUUCAUAAACUGGCUGACGCAGGCCGAACAGACCCUUACUAUGGUCUCCCCUGCCUCCCUCAUCCUGGAGACCGUCAUGUUCCAGAUAGAUGAGCAUAAGGUGUUUGUGACUGAGGUGAACUCACAUCGGGAUCAGAUCAUCGAGCUGGAUAAGACAGGAACACACCUCAAGUACUUCAGUCAGAAACAGGACGUGGUGUUGAUCAAGAACCUCCUGCUGAGCGUUCAAGGCCGCUGGGAGAAGGUCGUGCAGCGAUCAGUGGAGAGAGGACGCCUGCUGGACGAUGCCAGGAAACGUGCCAAACAGUUCCAUGAGACCUGGAACAAACUGAUGGAGUGGCUGGAAGAGUCUGAGAGAGCGCUGGACUCUGAGCUGGAGAUCGCUAAUGAUCCGGACAAGAUCAAGAUGCAGUUAUCCCAGCACAAGGAGUUCCAGAAAACUCUGGGCAGCAAGCAUUCGGUGUGUGACACCACCAGUCGCACGGGCCGAGCUUUGAAGGACAAGACCUCCUUGCAAGAUGACAACCAGAAACUGGAUGACAUGCUCAGUGAGCUCAGGGACAAAUGGGACACAGUCUGCGGGAAAUCUGUGGAGAGGCAGAAUAAGCUGGAGGAGGCUCUGCUGUUCUCAGGUCAGUUCACAGACGCACUGCAGGCUCUCAUCGACUGGCUCUAUAAAGUGGAACCACAGCUUGCUGAAGAUCAGCCCGUGCAUGGAGACAUAGACCUCGUCCUGAACCUCAUCGACAGCCAUAAGGGUUUCCAGAAAGAGUUGGGCAAAAGGACUGGCAGCGUGCAGGCUUUGAAGCACUCGGCCCGUGAGCUUAUUGAGAGCAGCCACGAUGACUCGUCCUGGGUCAAAGUUCAGAUGCAAGAGCUGAGCACGCGCUGGGAGACGGUGUGCAGCCUCUCUGUGUCCAAACAGACACGGCUCGAGCAGGCACUGUGUCAGGCUGAGGAGUUCCACUCCACUGUUCAUAUCUUACUGGAGUGGCUUGCAGAGGCCGAGCAGAGCCUUCGCUUCCACGGUGCCUUGCCUGACGAUGAAGAAGCCCUCCGCGCUCUCAUUGAACAGCACAAGGAGUUUAUGAAGAAGCUGGAGGAGAAGCGACUGGCCCUGAAUAAAGCCACAAGCAUGGGAGAGGCAAUCCUGUCCAUCUGCCACCCAGACUCCAUCACCACCAUCAAACACUGGAACACCAUCAUCAAAGCGCGGUUUGAGGAGGUAACAGCCUGGGCACGUCAGCACCAGCAGAGACUCUCCAGUGCUCUGGCCGAACUGCUGGCCACGCAAGAACUGCUGGAGAACCUGCUGAACUGGCUAAAGUGGGCUGAAACCACACUCGGAGAGAAAGACAAGGAACCUCUUCCUCAAGAGUUAGAGGAAGUCAAAUCGCUCAUUGCUGAGCACCAGACAUUCAUGGAAGAGAUGACCAGAAAUCAACCAGACGUGGAUAAAAUCACCAAAACUCAUAAGAGAAAAGCCACAGCGGAUCCUCCGGUUCAGUCUCAAAUCCCUAUUCUAGGGAAAGGACGAACAGCCAGAAAGAGAUCCCCUACACAAUCCAUGUACACCGCAGCAUCACAGGCACAAAUCGAGACUAAGAACCCCCGAGUGAACCUGCUGGUCAGUAAGUGGCAGCAGGUGUGGCUGCUGGCGCUGGACAGGAGGAGGAAGCUCAACGAUGCUCUGGACAGACUAGAGGAACUGAAAGAGUUUGCCAACUUUGACUUUGACGUAUGGAGGAAACGCUACAUGCGCUGGAUGAACCACAAGAAAUCGCGCGUCAUGGAUUUCUUCCGUCGUAUUGAUAAAGACCAGGAUGGCAAAGUCACAAGGCAGGAAUUCAUCGAUGGCAUCCUAUCCUCAAAGUUCCCCACCAGUCGUCUGGAGAUGAGCGCUGUGGCAGACAUCUUUGAUCGUGACGGCGACGGCUACAUCGACUACUAUGAGUUUGUGGCUGCUUUACAUCCCAACAAAGAUGCUUACAAACCAUUAACUGAUGCUGACAAAAUUGAAGAUGAGGUGACUCGCCAAGUUGCAAAGUGCAAGUGUCCGAAACGGUUCCAAGUAGAGCAGAUUGGCGCCAACAAAUAUCGGUUCUACCUUGGAAAUCAGUUUGGAGAUUCCCAGCAGCUGCGGCUGGUGCGGAUCCUGCGCAGUACGGUGAUGGUGCGGGUGGGUGGUGGUUGGAUGGCCCUGGAUGAGUUCCUGGUGAAAAAUGACCCGUGCAGAGCUAAGGGCAGAACCAACUUGGAGCUGCGCGAGAAAUUUAUUCUCCCAGAAGGCACCACCCAGGUGAUGGCCAGUUUCCGCUACAGAGGUCGAAGGUCACGGCCGUCCUCAAGAGGUGCCUCCCCUAACAGAUCCAAUUCUAGUUACAGCUGUCCCGCACAACCCAACCCACCCGGCUCCAGCACACCCAAGACUCCCCAACAUUUAACCCGCAAUUAUGAUAAACCCUGGCUGACAAACAGCAAAUCAGCUACUCCUCUUAAAUCAUCUGACUCCUUUGACAGCCAAGGGUCAUCCAAUGAGAGCACCCCUAUUCAGGGAAGCAAGCUUCGUCUUCCAGGCUAUUUGUCAGGAAAAGGCUUUCAGUCGGGAGAGGAUGGGACCUUGAUAAACGCUGCAGUCAUGAAGGCCAGAGGUCAAGCCAUGGGGUUGAGUAAGAUCCCAAGCAGGCCUGGCAGCAAAGCAGGAAGCCGCGGGAGCAGCCGCCGUGGCAGCGAUGCCUCAGACUUUGAUAUUUCAGACAUCCAGUCGGUGUGCUCGGACGUGUCGGAGACAGUGACAGACUCAGGACGCCCGAUGCCGCGCUCAGCCUCACGCCAACACGGAGGCAAACACUCCAAAAUCCCAACUCCCCAAAGGAGGAGCACUCCUACUAGCAAACUGGCUAAGAAUACCAAGAGAUAGUCAACAGUCCAGUCCACAGAAGCGGCCAGGAUCUGGGCCUCUGUUCUGACAGCACUGGGUUAGCGCACACUAAACCGAGACUGGACAGACGUAGAUUCACACUACACACUGCAAAGUGUUAUUGAUUUUAAAAAGCGUAGCAAGAUGUAAAUUAUUCUGUUGUGGAAAAGGAAGUUCAUGUGGAGUGUAUGUGUGUGAGUGUGUGUGUGGAAUGCAGUGGCUUUGUGCAUUUGUCCUGUACUUUGUGACUGUUGCGUCAUUAAUAUUUUGUUUAUUGCUGGGAAAGGCCAGCGAACACAAGAAGACUAUGUUAGGUAAACUAACACUUUUCCACAUGUUUGUGUUGAGGGAGAAGCUGAAUGUACAGUCAUUUCCUCCAGCGGACUUGCUUGUUGGUGAUAAUAUGCCUUUGUAUUCUGCCAGGACACCACAAUUAUUUAUUCAUCUAUUUAAAGUGCAAUGACAAGCUGCUGUUAUGCAUUUAAAGGGCAAUACAAUACCACUGCUACACUACAACUGUAACCCCUGCUAUCAUACACUACAGUUAAUCCAGAUCAUGGCCUUUAAACUUGCAUAUAAAACACCCGUCUAGCACCCGUAGUAAUGUUCGUUUCGAUCAAAUCACAGAUUGCGUGCCACUUUACUGUGACUAGAACUUUCUGACUAAAAACAUUCAUAAGUGCAAUCAUGCCUGUGUACUCUAUGGUUCCUUUUUGCCUGAUUGAUCCAAAUUACUCAACUUUUUGUAAUAAAUAUGCUUGCAGAAAGCUCGACAAUAUAUACAACCUUCAAAGUCUCACUUGUUGUU